AUGCUCGAUGGGUCAAGCCCCCAGGCUGGCAAAAUCUGGAAGAAAACCACUCUAACCUUCUCCCUUGAUAACAAACAAAUGACCAAGACCUUCCUGAUUUGCAAUACAGGGUCUCACGCCACUAUCUUGGGAUUGAAAUGGCUAGAUGCACACAACCCAGAAAUUGAUUGGAACUUGCGUACACUCUCCUUUCCCCACAUACCACCGGAACACGUGGCCAUUGCCAAAGAGGAAGAAGCCAACAAAAACCCCCUUGAAGGAGUCCCCUCCAAGUACCACAAAUAUGCCAAGGUAUUUGGAGAGGAGGAAUUCAACAAGCUUCUCCCUCACAGGCAUUAUGACAUUGGAAUAGAGCUCACAGAAGAGGGUCCCUUGAACUCUCCCUUGUACAGCAUGACAGACGCCGAAUCUGCCACCCUCAAGGAUUGGCUCAGGGACAAGCUCAAGGCUGGAAAGAUCCGCCCCAGCAAAUCAUCCAUCAGUUCCCCGGUCAUGUUUGUCCCAAAGAAGGAUGGUUCCCGCCGUUUGGUUGUUGACUACCGUGCCUGA